GAGGAAGGCGAGGGGGUCUCCGCGGUGGGCGGCCUUGGACGCUACAACUGCGCCCCCCCCCCCUCCGCCCCGCAGCCGAUGCCCAGGGAAGGGCGACGCGAUGGGCUUCCUGCACCAACUUUAUCUCCUGCUAUGGAAGAACGUGACGCUGAAGCGACGCAGCCCGUGGGUGCUGUCCUUCGAAAUCUUCAUCCCGCUGGUGCUCUUCUUCAUCCUGCUGGGGCUGAGGCAGAAAAAGCCCACCAUCGCGGUGAAGGAAGCCUACUACACGGCAGCACCCCUCACCUCGGCCGGCAUCUUGCCCGUCAUGCAGUCCCUGUGUCCCGACGGGCAGCGCGAUGAGUUUGGGUUCUUGCAGUACUCCAAUUCCAGGGUGACCCAGUUGCUGGAGCGGCUGAAGGAGGUGGUGGAGAAGAGCAAUCUGUUCGACCCGGAUCAUGCUGGGCCGGAAGAGGAGUUGGAGUCUCUCCGGCGCCACCUGGAGUCUCUUGGCAGCAACACCGGGCCCAGCCCCGUGGAGCCCCACUUCACCACCCAGGCAGCCCCCGGCUUCUCCCUGGACUCCGUGGCCAAGGACAAGACGGAGCUUCACCGUUUCCUCAUGCAGAACCUCUCCUUGUCCAACGAGACGGUGGGGCUGCUCACAGGCUCCAGCAUCAACCUGAGAGAGGUCUACCGGCUCAUCUUUGGUGUGUCUCCCGGCUUUGCCGACAACUUUGGCCUAGUGGACAAGCGGCAUCACCCGGAGAGAAGCUUCCUGGGCAACCUGAAGAUGAUGGAAGAUGGGCUGGUCCGGCAAGCGCUGCGCCGCCCCCCCAAAGGCGCCCAGCGGAAGGCCAUCCUCCGGCUCUUCUCCCACGCUUUGGGCCUGGCCAGCCCCGUGGCAGAGUCCCCCGGCUCCGACAGCCCCCAGACCUUUGUGAGGGAUGUGGAGAACAUCCUUUUCACCCCCCCUGUGCUGGAGAGCCUGACGUGUCGCCAGAACCAGGACGAGCUGAGGCGCAUCCUGGCCAUCCCAGAGAGCCAGCAGCCUCUCCUGCGGGCCUAUCGUGCCUCUGUCUGCAACCGGAGCACCAGCCUGCGGGCUGACUACUUCAGGCAGCUGGCCGUGGAGAUGAAGGACCAGCUGGAAGCUCGCAAGGUGGCUGAACAGCUGAAGCUGGACGAGGUGAACCACACCGUGGCCCAGAGCCGCCUCCAUGCCCUGCUGGAGGACCUGAUGGAAAUGGAGAAGGUGCUGAAGGACCUGGACAUCCUCUCCGCUCUGGCCAAGCUCCUCCCCAAGGGAGCCUGUGCCGCCAAAGUGCCCCCCAUCGCCCCCAACAGCACUGGCUCAGCUGUGAACUUCACCUCUGGCACCAAUUCCAGCUCCGAGGAGGGCCGGGCCGAGAGCGAGGCGCCAGCCGAGGAUCCGCAAGGGCAGUGCUCGGCGUUCGUGCAGCUCUGGGCCGGCCUGCAGCCCAUCCUCUGCGGGAACAACCGGACGAUUGAACCCGAGGCCCUCCGGCAGGGGAACAUGAGCUCUUUGGGCUUCACCAGCAAGGAGCAGCGCAACCUGGGCCUCCUGGUGCACCUCAUGACCAGCAACCCCAAGAUCCUGUAUUCGCCCGUUGGCACCGAGGUGGAUAAAGUCAUCUUGAAGGCCAACGAGACCUUCGCCUUUGUCGGGAACGUGACGCGGUACGCCCAGGUCUGGCUGAACAUCUCAGCUGAGAUCCGGGGCUUCCUGGAGGAGGGCAAGUUGCAGCAGCGGAUUGCCUGGCUCCAGCAGAUGGCGGCAGAUCUUCACAGGCACCCCGAGAUCCUGAACGUCUCCGACAGCACCGUCUUCCAUAACUUCAUGGAGAGCAACUUGUCCCUCUCCAACACCAGCACGCUUCUCCAGCAGCUGGACACGAUCGACAACGCUGCCUGCGGCUGGAUCCAGUUCAUGUUCAAGGUCAGCGUGGACAUCUUCAAGGGCUUUCCAGAUGAAGAGAGCAUCGUGAACUACACCCUGAACCAAGCCUACCACGACAACGUCACCGUCUUUGCCAGUGUGAUCUUCCAAACCAACAAGGAUGGCAGCCUCCCUCCUCACGUCAUGUACAAGAUCCGCCAAAAUUCCAGCUUCACGGAAAAGACCAAUGAGAUCCGGCGGGCGUACUGGAGACCCGGUCCAAACAAUGGGGGGCGUUUCUACUUCCUUUAUGGCUUUGUCUGGAUCCAAGACAUGAUGGAGCGUGCCAUUGUCAACACCUUUGUCGGCCGCGAUGUGGUGGAGCCUGGCAAUUACGUGCAGAUGUUUCCCUACCCCUGUUACACCCGUGAUGACUUCCUGUUCGUGAUUGAGCACAUGAUGCCGCUGUGCAUGGUCAUCUCCUGGGUCUACUCGGUGGCCAUGAUGAUCCAGCACAUCGUUGCGGAGAAGGAGCAUCAUCUGAAGGAGGUGAUGAAGAUGAUGGGGCUGAAUAAUGCCGUCCACUGGGUGGCGUGGUUCAUCACAGGCUUCGUCCAGCUGUCCAUCUCGGUCACUGCCCUGACCGCCAUUCUCAAGUACGGGAAGGUCCUCAUGCACAGCGACGUCCUCAUCAUCUGGCUCUUCCUGGCCGUCUACGCCGUGGCCACCAUCAUGUUCUGCUUCCUGGUGUCCGUGCUGUAUUCGAAGGCCAAGGUGGCCUCGGCCUGCGGUGGGAUCAUCUACUUCCUCAGCUACGUCCCUUACAUGUAUGUGGCCAUCCGGGAGGAGGUGGCCCACGACAAGAUCACCGCCUUCGAGAAGUGCAUUGCCUCCCUGAUGUCCACCACGGCCUUUGGCCUGGGCUCAAAAUACUUUGCCCUCUACGAAGUGUCUGGCGUGGGCAUCCAGUGGCACACCUUUAGCCAGUCCCCCGUGGAAGGGGAUGACUUCAACCUCCUGCUUUCCAUGAUGAUGCUGAUCAUUGACACUGUGGUCUAUGGGGUGCUGACGUGGUAUAUCGAAGCCGUGCACCCAGGGAUGUACGGGCUCCCUCGGCCUUGGUACUUUCCACUGCAGAAGUCCUACUGGCUGGGAAACGGGCGCACCGAGGCCUGGGACUGGUCAUGGCCCUGGUCAAAGAGGACCCAUCUGAGUGUCACAGAGGAGGACCAAGCCUGUGCCAUGGAGAACAGGAGGAUGGAGGAGAGCCGGGGCAUCGAGGAGGAGCCCACCCACCUGCCCCUGGUGGUCUGCGUGGACAAACUAACCAAGAUCUACAAGACCGACCAAAAGCUGGCUCUGAACAAGCUGAGCCUCAACCUCUACGAGAACCAGGUGGUCUCCUUUCUGGGCCACAACGGCGCUGGCAAGACAACCACCAUGUCCAUCUUGACCGGCCUUUUCCCUCCGACCUCCGGCUCGGCCACCAUUUACGGCCACGACAUCCGGACGGAGAUGGACCAGAUCCGGAAGAACCUGGGCAUGUGCCCGCAGCACAACGUCCUCUUUGACAAGCUGACGGUGGAGGAGCACCUCUGGUUCUACUCGCAGCUGAAGGGCAUGGCCAAGGAGGAGAUCUGCAAGGAGAUGGCCAAGAUGAUCGAGGACCUGGAGUUGACCCACAAGUGCCACUUCCUGGUGCAGAUGCUGUCCGGAGGGAUGAAGAGGAAGCUCUCGGUGGCCAUUGCCUUCGUGGGGGGCUCACGGGCCGUCAUCCUGGACGAGCCCACAGCCGGCGUGGACCCUUAUGCCCGCCGAGCCAUCUGGGACCUCAUCCUCAAGUACAAGCAAGGAAGGACCAUCCUCCUGUCCACCCACCACAUGGACGAAGCGGACCUGCUGGGCGAUCGCAUCGCCAUCAUCUCCCAUGGGAAGCUGAAGUGCUGUGGGUCGCCCCUCUUCCUGAAAAGCACCUAUGGGGACGGCUACAAGCUGACGGUGGUGAAGAAGCAGUCGGACACCCGGACCAACAGCGAGACGGGGCUCCCCCACAGCCCGCCCUGCCCCUCCGCCACCAGCCCCUGCUCCGAGGAGCGAGUCAGCCAGUUCAUCAAGAAGCACGUGGCCUCCUGCCUCCUCAUCUCCAACACCAACACGGAGCUCUCCUACAUCCUGCCCAGCGAGGCCGCCAAGAAGGGCUGCUUCGAACGGCUCUUCCAGCACCUGGAGCACAGUUUGGAAGCGCUGGACCUCACCAGCUUUGGCCUGAUGGACACCACCCUCGAAGAGGUCUUCCUAAAGGUCUCCGAAGAGGACCAGUCGCUCGAGAACAGCGAUGCAGAUAUCAAGGAGUCCAAGAAAGAGGCUUCCCCGCAGCCCAGUCCCCGCCUUGGCCCCAAGCCCCAGGCCAACGGCCACCCGCUCCCAGGGCCGGCAAGGCCCACCAAGCCCGAAGUGGAUCUGGGGAACCUCCUGAACUGCUCAGACUUGGCCGAGUCCCAGGCAUCCUUGCAUUCCUCCUCCUCCUCCUCCUCCUCGGCCGGCUCCGUGCGGGGCGAGGACGGUGGAGCUUAUUCGAAGUUCUACGGAGAUUACUCCUCCUUGUUUGACAACCCACAAGACCCCGAUAAUGGCAGCCUGCAAGAGCCAGAGGCUGACCUGGAAGAGGCGUUCCUGGCCGGACAAGGCAGCUUCAAACUGGAGGGCUCCUGGCUGAAGCUGCGCCAGUUCCACGGGCUGCUGGUCAAGCGUUUCCACUGUGCCAAGCGCAACAGCAAGGGCAUCUUCUCCCAGAUCCUGCUGCCCGCCUUCUUCGUCUGUGUCGCCAUGACGGUGGCCCUCUCUGUCCCGGAAAUAGGUGACCUGCCUCCCCUCAUCCUUUCGCCUUCCCAGUACCACAAUUACACCCAGCCCAGAGGCAACUUCAUCCCCUACGCCAAUGAGGAACGUGGCAACCAGCUGGAGUCCUUGGGCUGGGAAAGUUCUCCUCUUCCUCCUCCUAUUAGCCAGCCAUCGCCAGACGCCAGUGCCCAGCAGCUGGUGAGCACCUUCUACCUGCCCUCCGGCAUCGGGGCCACCUGUGUGCUCAAGUCGGCCUUCAACAGCACGCUGGACCAGCAGGUCCAGUCCCUGAACCUCAACAGCAACGAGUCCAAGAUGUUGGCGGCCAAGUACUUUGAUGCCAUGUGCCUGGACUCCUUCACCCAGGGCCUGCCCCUCUCCAACUUCGUGCCGCCCCCUCCGUCCCCGGCCCCCUCCGACUACCCCUUCUCUCUGGACGAGGACUUGCUGCGGGCCUGGAACUUCACCACUUUCCCGCCCACGGUUAAAGAGAUGGUCACCUCCACCCCGGCCCAGCCCAGCAUCGUCCACGAACCCAUCAGGUGCACCUGCUCCAUGCAGGGCACUGGCUUCUCCUGCCCCAGCGGGGUAGGGGGGCACCCUCCCCAGAUGAAGGUGGUGACGGGGGACAUACUGGUGGACAUCACGGGGCGCAACGUCUCCGAGUAUCUGCUCUACACAUCGGACCGCUUUCGGCUGCACAGGUAUGGAGCGGUAACGUUCGGCAACAUCCAGAGAUCCAUCCCGGCCUCUUUUGGGGACAACGCGCCCCCGAUGCUCCGGAAAAUUGCUGUCCGCAGCACUGCCCAGGUGUACUACAACAACAAAGGAUACCACAGCAUGCCCACCUACCUCAAUGCCCUCAACAAUGCCAUCCUCCGUGCCAACCUGCCCAGCAGCAGAGGCAACCGCGCAGCCUAUGGCAUCACUCUGACCAACCAUCCCAUGAACAAGACCAGCGCCAGCCUUUCUCUGGAUUACCUCCUGCAAGGCACCGACGUGGUCAUCGCCAUCUUCAUUAUCGUGGCCAUGUCCUUCGUGCCGGCCAGUUUCGUCGUCUUUCUGGUGGCCGAGAAGUCCACCAAAGCCAAGCACCUCCAGUUCGUCAGUGGCUGCGACCCCGUCAUCUACUGGCUGGCCAACUACGUCUGGGACAUGCUCAACUACCUGGUGCCAGCCACUUGCUGCAUCAUUAUUCUCUUCGUCUUCGACCUGCCGGCUUACACCUCUCCCACCAACUUCCCCGCGGUGGUCGCCCUCUUCCUGCUCUAUGGGUGGUCCAUGACGCCCAUCAUGUACCCAGCCUCCUUCUGGUUCGAGGUGCCCAGCUCGGCCUACGUCUUCCUCAUCGUCAUCAACCUCUUCAUCGGCAUCACGGCCACCGUGGCCACUUUCCUCCUGCAGCUUUUUGAGCACGACAAGGACCUGAAGGUGGUAAACAGCUACUUAAAAAGCUGCUUCUUGAUCUUCCCCAACUACAACCUGGGCCACGGACUCAUGGAGAUGGCUUACAAUGAGUACAUCAACGAAUACUACGCAAAGAUCGGGCAAUUUGACAAGAUUAAGUCUCCCUUUGAGUGGGACAUCGUGACCAGGGCUUUAGUCGCCAUGACGGUGGAAGGCUUUGUCGGCUUCUUUAUCACCAUCAUGUGCCAGUACAACUUUCUCCGAAAACCACAGCGAUUUCCCGUCUCCACUAAACCCAUUGAAGACGAUGUGGAUGUGGCCACCGAGCGGCAGCGAGUUCUGCGUGGGGACGCCGACAAUGACAUGCUCAAGCUUGAGAAUCUCACCAAGGUGUACAAAUCGCGCAGGAUUGGGCGCAUUCUGGCCGUGGACCGGCUGUGUAUGGGUGUCCGGCCGGGGGAGUGUUUCGGCUUGCUGGGCGUCAACGGGGCAGGGAAAACCACCACCUUCAAGAUGCUGACGGGGGACGAGACCACCACCAACGGCGAGGCCUUCAUUAACGGGCACAGCAUCCUGAAGGAGCUUCUGCAGGUCCAACAGAGCCUGGGCUACUGUCCGCAGUUCGACGCCCUUUUCGACGAGCUGACGGCCCAGGAGCACCUUGAGCUGUACACACGGCUGCGUGGCAUCCCGUGGAAGGAUGAGGAGAGGGUGGUCAAGUGGGCGCUGAGCAAACUGGAGCUGGCUAAAUGCGCCAACAAGCCCGCCAGCACCUUCAGCGGCGGCAACAAGAGGAAACUGUCCACUGCCAUUGCGCUGAUAGGCUACCCUGCCUUCAUUUUCCUGGAUGAGCCCACCACGGGCAUGGACCCGAAGGCUCGGCGCUUCCUCUGGAACCUCAUCUUGGACAUCAUCAAGACGGGCCGCUCCGUGGUUCUGACCUCGCACAGCAUGGAGGAGUGUGAGGCCCUCUGCACGCGGCUGGCCAUCAUGGUGAACGGGCGCCUCAAGUGCCUGGGCAGCAUCCAGCACCUGAAGAACCGGUUUGGGGAUGGCUACAUGAUCACCGUCAGGACCAAGUCCAGCCUGAACGUGAAGGAAGUGGCUCAGUUCUUCAGCCGGAACUUCCCGGAGGCCGUCCUCAAGGAGAGGCACCACACCAAGGUCCAGUACCAGCUGAAGUCGGAGCACAUCUCGCUGGCCCAGGUCUUCAGCAAGAUGGAGCAAGUGGUGGAUGUCCUGGGCAUUGAGGACUACUCCGUCAGCCAGACCACGCUGGACAAUGUGUUUGUGAAUUUUGCCAAGAAGCAGAGCGACAACCUGGAGCAGCAGGAGAGCCUCCUGUCCUGCCCCAUAGAGUCCCCUCUGCAGCGCCUCCUGAGCCUCCUGCGGCCCCGUGGGGCCCCGACGGAGCUGCGCACCAUGGUGGGGGAGGAGCCCGAGGACCUGGAAACGGAUGACGAGGGGCUGAUCAGCUUUGAGGAGGAGAGGGCUCAGCUCUCCUUCAACACGGACACCCUCUGCUGAAAACGGAGGGGACGCAGCCCCCACCCUUGGCUGGGCAGCCACUCGCCCCUUCCCGCUUGGUGGCUGCGGGAUGUCCUGGAGGUGGCGAGAGGAGGCAUUGCCCGAGCUUUUGACCUGUGUGACCUCCAGGAUGGAACUGGCCUUGUGCCAUUUUGCAGAUGGCCAAGGACUGGACACGGCACAGUCCGGCUGCGUGAGAAGACUUGGGGUGGGGCGUUUACACAGAGGAGCAGCUGCCUCCGCACCCCGCUGGAACCCCACAGUUUUGGGCAUUCUUCCUCGGAGAGACUGCACUCUGCUGUGCCACACUGCCUCUUCUGCCAGGCUGAGCCAGAUCUGACUGUGGAGGACGGCUGGCUGUGCUGGGGUGGACGACUGGGCACCCUCAGCCUUUCCGGCCAAAGGGAAGCAGGAAAGCCGAGGGGAGCGGAUCCUCCUGAACAAGUCUCUGGAUUGCGUCAGGGCGUACCUCCCUCCUCUUUGCCCCCCUCUCUCAGCCCAGGGACCAGAGCCCCCUGCCAGCUGCAUGAAGGCUUGGGAAGGGCUGGGCAUCUGGGCAUCCUGCUCAGAAGGAAGCUAGCCCCCCCUCCAACCCAAAAGCAGCCCAAGGAGCAUCCGUUUCCUCUAACCAGGCUUGGAGUUUUUUGCUUCCGAAUCUCCUUUUUAAAGCAUCAAGUAACCCUCUGAAAGGCUCCCAGAGGGAGCCACUCCCCUUUGGCUGUGGGGCCGGAGCUUUCCACUCCUCUGCUUGUGUUCUAACUUGGCAUGGCAUUAAUCGGAAGCAUCCAGUGGGAUCGCGAGGGUCUUUCAAGAGCUCUCAGGCACGGAGGCCCCAUUACACAACGAGUCACUGCUGGAGAAGCGGUGCACCCAAGAGGAGCCGGGAGGGGCCUCUCCAGCAGCUUCUGGAAUUGCCCCAGAUGUGUGGGACUCCAACUCCUGAUGCCCCAGCAGGUGGCUUGGGACGAUGGGAGCUGUAGUCUGAAAUGCAAGGUGGGGCUGCAGAAACCUGAUCCAUGGUGCAGCCCGUCCUUUCCUGGUGGGGAAGGGCAACCCCCCCCUUGGCUGUCCUGUUUGCACCGACCUCCAGAGAAGCCAAAGGCCAGCAGGGGCUCCCCCAAAUGAAGAGGAGGGGGUGCUGGAAGACCCGGAGGAGACAUCUUUGGGGCCAGAGCGAGGAUGGCUUCCUUCUCAACUCGGCAGCAGCGAGACGGCUUCUUAGCACAGAACGAGUGUAAAUUGUAUUUUGAGGAAGAGGAUGGUUUUAGACAGAUUGCAUCAGUUUAUUUUCGGCUUAGCAAGCACAAUGUUUUUAAUUUAUUGGAGCGCUGGGGAGGGGGUGUGAAUGAGAGUGUGUGAAACUGAUUGGGACUGUGCUGGGCUCUCUCUCCCCACAACAGCUGUGGGGCUUUGCUGGUCCUCUUUCUGGGUCCCCCAGGAUGGGGCUGGAAAUGGGCCCUGGACAUCCGGCACAAAGGGAGGCAUCGGGCCACCUGCAAAGAGAAGCCGGCUUGGAGGACUCUCUGGCGAGCCGGGGCCCCCUUGGCCGGGGUCUUCUUGGCCCCUCUGGCCCUUUUCUCUGCCCCGAGCCCUGGCUGGGAGUGCUGAGCCCCCCUGGAGCAGCUUGCUCUCUUUGCAAGGAGCCUGUACGUUGCUGGAACCAGAAAAGCCAAUGUGAAAAAUAAUAAAUUUAUUGUUUUAAUAAAAAAGUGAUAAUAACGGCA